AUGUACUUACCCUUCUUCUCUUCCCUCCUAUCAACCACUUCUCUUCUUCUCUUCUUCAUGCUCUCAACAACAACAACAACUCUAAUAUACCUUUCUCUCUUUGCCCAAAUCCUAAAUCUCAAUCCCUCUUUUCAAAUCAAAUCCCAAUCACCCUCUCAAACCCCACAAAGGUUAAUCUCUGCAUAAAAAUUUGAUCUUUCCUUCAAUUUCCCAUACCCUUCUUCUCACUUUUUUCACUUCAAGAUUCAGACGCGCUUUCUUUGCGUCACUCUCUCUUUUCCUCGUUGUGGGUUCCUCUCCCCUUGCUCAAAUGGUUAACCCUACGCGGCUUCGAAUUUUCCGAUUGCGUUCAAUGCGCGCAGUUUAGCCGGGACCCAGAAAACCUAGGUGCCUAGGGCUCUUCCAAUCUUUUGUGGGUUUUGCGCAAAAUUCGAUUUUUUUAAUUCUUUGCGAAGUGGGCAUGGUGGGGAACGACGACGCGGGUCAUAUUUCCGCCUCCCGGAAAAUGUUCUGGCGGUCGGCGUCGUGGUCAUCGUCCCGUACCGCCGCCGGGAACGCCUCUUCCGGCGAGGCGGGUAAGGGUUUCGCGGAUUCUGGCAGCGCGGAAGGUCCUCACAGAGAGAACCGGCGGUUCCCUCCGCCGCCACUUACGCCUCGGUCGCAGCAGAAUUGUAAGGCGCGGUCUUGCCUGCCGCCGCUGCAGCCGCUCUCUAUCGCGCGGCGGAGUCUUGAUGAGUGGCCGAAGGCGGGGUCCGACGACAUCGGCGAGUGGCCGCAGCCGCCCACCACCCCGGGAGGGAGAGGUAAUGGUAGCAAUGGUGAAAGGUUGAAACUUGAUUUGUCUUCCAUUCAGCAUAGCAACCCUGAUCAUAGUAGGAGUAACAAUGGUGGGCUUGUGAAGAGGGAUAAGAUUGCAUUUUUUGACAAGGAGUGUUCAAAAGUUGCUGAUCAUGUGUACCUUGGUGGUGAUGCUGUUGCUAAGGAUAGGGACAUUUUGAAGCAUAAUGGUAUCACUCAUGUGUUGAAUUGUGUGGGGUUUGUGUGUCCUGAGUACUUUAAGGCUGAUUUUGUGUAUAGGACUUUGUGGCUGCAGGAUAGUCCCUCCGAGGACAUUACUAGUAUCUUGUAUGAUGUGUUUGACUACUUUGAGGAUGUUAGGGAGCAAGGUGGGAGGGUGUUUGUGCACUGUUGUCAAGGGGUGUCUCGGUCCACAUCUCUGGUCAUUGCUUACCUUAUGUGGAGGGAAGGCCAAAGUUUUGAUGAUGCUUUUCAGUUUGUGAAGGCAGCAAGAGGGAUUGCUGAUCCGAAUAUGGGGUUCGCUUGCCAGUUGUUGCAGUGUCAGAAAAGGGUCCACGCGUUCCCUCUUAGUCCUAGCUCUUUGCUCAGGAUUUACAGGAUUGCUCCACACUCCCCUUAUGAUCCUUUACAUCUUGUUCCCAAAAUGUUGAUGGAUCCUUCUUCAGCUGCAUUGGACUCCAGAGGCGCGUUUAUUGUGCACAUUCCUUCGGCAAUAUAUGUUUGGAUUGGUAAGAACUGUGAGGCCAUCAUGGAGAGGGAUGCCAGAGGGGCCGUUGGCCAGAUUGUUCGGUAUGAGAAGGUGCAAGGGCCAAUUGUGAUGAUUAAGGAAGGUGAGGAACCGGCUUAUUUCUGGAAUGCUUUUUCGAAUUUUCUGCCCUUGAUGGAUAAAUCUGGCAAUAGAGUAGAAGAUGGAAACUUGACUGGUAAAGUUUCUCCUGGUGAGAGGAGAGUGGAAGCCUAUGAUGUUGAUUAUGAAGUUUUCAAAAAAGCAAUCACUGGAGGAUUUGUGCCUCCCUUUGCUUCAUCGGAGAAUGAACAUGAAACCCAUCUGCCUGCAAGAGAGAGUAGUUGGAGUGCUUUAAGGCGUAAAGUUGCCUCUGCUAAUAUGAAGGAGUUUGUUUCUACCCCUAGGUUAUCCUUUCCCAGGGUUUAUUCAGAUUCCAUGUUGUGUAUUCACACAUCAGCCAACUUGUCUCCAUCCUCAUCCCUUUCAUCAUCGUCAUCGUCUAUAUCAUCAUCCUCUUCACCGUCUUAUGUUUCUCCAGAUUCCAUUUCUUCUGAUUCUAGCACUCAUUCUAAGUUUUUGUCAGAAGUGUCCCCAGAUUCUUCCUCUGUGGUUUUGACUCCUAUUCCCGUAUUUUCUUCUUUGUCUAGUUUUUCUAAUUUGUCAAUCUCUUCAAGUUCUACUUCUAAAGCAGUUUCUAACAGUACAGAUAUCAUUGGUGUCAAUCUACCUCAUCCCUGGUCUCAGUCAGCCUCUUUACCAUUGAAGAAACCAUCAACUUCCCUUGCUGAACGCAGAGGUAGUUUGUCAAAAUCUUUGAAGUUGCCACUGAAGAGUGAUAAGAAACAAGUAAUGGAUAAGCCACCGACCUUUCAUAAUAGUCAAGAAUUUGACAUUGUUGUUAAUGGCAAUGUUAGCUAUUUGCAACCAUCAGAUAGUAAAGAUUAUUUUUGUGAGCCUAACAACCAUGCCAAGGAUGGAGGUGUGAAUUCCUUUCAAAAGUGUGAGCUGGCAUUAUGUCCAAGCAUUGUUGACAGCACGCACCUCAAGGAAUCAUCACUUGUUCGGAACUCUGUUGAGCCUUUGGUACAUACUUCCUCAGUAGAAGACGCAGUGCUUGGUCAGUCUGCAGCAUUGAAGGAAACUAAUGAGAGUGGCUCACUGCAGUUUAAUGUUGCACAGCCUUCGGUAUAUCACUGGCCCAGUUUAGAAAAGGUUGAGACAUUUGGUGCAGAUCAUUUGGAUUCUAAAGCUGCUUUUGUCAUAUUCUCUCCCAGUAUGCACGUACACGCAGGGAACAUGUUAUAUAUUUGGUUAGGGAGGUCUUUCAAUUGUGAUACUUCACAGGUUCACUUGGAUGUUGAUAUACAGUUAGAUUGUUUAGGAGCUGUGGACUGGAAUCAAAUUGGUUGUGAUCUCCUAGAUCGGUUUAGUUUGCCAAAGAGUACAGUCAUCAAGAUUGUUAAAGAGAAUGAGGAACCUUCAGAGUUCCUUGCUUUGCUCAGUUCAUUGUAGCUCAAAUGACACUAGGAGAAUCCUUGGUUCAAGUAGCUUCUAUAACCUUUUCAGCAUCUGCAGCUAUCUCUAUGUAUGGCAAAUUCAUCUUCCCUGUCAAAAGAGAUCCAGUGAGGAGUUUGCCCCAUGCCAAGUGAAUUGUAGCUCGGCUGAUUGUACAGUGGUUUUUAACACCCUCAACCUAGAAAUUUAUGUUAAACAUACUCAAAUUUCUUUCAUAUUCUCUCUCUCUCAUGUUAUUUAUAGAAGAACAAUUCCUUCUUUAGCAAUGCGGAAAAUGUUAGGCUCUAGUUUAUUUGCUUAUAUGUGAACAAAUACGUGAUUAAGAAUUUCUGAAUUCAAACCAUAGCUGAGUGAUAUAGAUCUUCUCAAUAAAAAAUGUUUACCAGUGUUAAAUUAUCCAACA